GAGGCCGGCUGUGUAUAAAUAACGCACCUCGAAGACGCUGACAGGCUCAGUCAGCGUAGAAGCCCCGUUCGGUGAGUGUGGAAAGUGGUCGGAAAAACGGUAACGGAUUAAGUGUUUGGUGAAAGUGUUUCUCGAAAGUGGAAGUGAGGGUGCAUAUUUGUCUGGAAGUGUUCGAGUGCAUUCGAAAUGGCGUCCGUUCCGAUGUACUUCCGCGACUGGUGGGAUGACGAUCUGUUCGAGAGUCCCCGGCGAACUUCUCGACUGUUCGAUCAACAGUUUGGCACCGGCAUUUUCUCCGAGGAUCUGCAGAAGAUGGCGUCCAGCUUCCACUCGUCGAACCUGCGCUCGUCCCGCCUCGGCAGCUUCCGCCGGCCGUGGAGUGAUUUCGGUACGCCGCGGUUCAGCAGCAGCCUGACCAGCGCCGCCAGCGCCACCGUCGAGCGGCUGCAGAUCAACCUGGACGUGCAACAAUUCACACCGCAUGAGAUCACCGUCAAAACGGUCAACAACUCGGUGGUGGUGGAGGGCAAGCACGACGAGCGGCAGGACGAGCACGGGUACAUUUCGCGACACUUUGUCCGUCGCUACGUUCUGCCGGACGAUCACGAUCCCAAGGACGUCGUAUCGAGCCUGUCGUCCGACGGUGUCCUUACGAUCGUGGCACCGAAGAAGGCACAGCCCCCACCGGCGGAAGUCGUCUACGAGCGGACGGUGCCGAUCCAGCGCAUCGAGGAGCGAACGACGGAAACGGUGCGCAAGACGUCGGAAAGUGUGUCCAGCGAGUGCGGCGCAAAGUGAGCGGAGGUUGGAAGGUGGGCCAGCAGAAUGAACGAACCAGCCGACCUCAACGUUUUGAUUAUUCCCGUUGUCGAACGUACCUUGAACCAAAGUGAUUAGCUAAAUGUGCAUGGAAGUAUUAGGAAGUGCGAAGAAAAGUUACGUGGUGUAAAAUUAAACCCUGCAACCAUUUAUUU